CAAAACUAGACUCAGCCGCAGAUGAUGCGUGGACCGUGCUGUGUUGUCGAACAGAGGAGAAGACGAACUGUAUAGUAAGAAAGUUGAAACCUUACGAAGAGAAGAAGAUACCCAAAACAGAAGAAAUCUCGUUGGGGUUUCUCAUGUUGGAAACAAUGAAGGAUUCAGGGAAAGAGAUCGGAACCAGAUGUCAUCACUGCGCAGGCCCUCUUACGAAAAACCUGGAAACUAAUGAAUGGACUGUGGCUCCGUUCAUCAGGGAUAGCUUCUCUAUGAUUGGAUCAGCCGUAGGUGGUACUUCAAGUGCUUUCAUUGGAUUUAACCACGUUAUGCCGGUUGUACGCAAGUGGGUAAAAGGACCUAUGUGGUUGCAUUUUCUUGUUGGUGCUCCACCGGUGAUAGUUGUUUCAUCAGCUUGUGCUGGACUUGCAGGUGGCGCUGUACCGGCUUUGGCCCAGCUUGCCUCGUCGUCGUACCAUGCGAUUGUUCAUUCAUCUCAGCCACCGAAAAAAACAAGAGAAGAACAAAAUGCACAAAUCCUCUAGCAUUUCUCCUUUGUAAUCUACUUUUCCUCUUUCCCUCUGUGUAUAAACUAUAAAGAUUCUUUUUUUUUUCUUCUUCAACACAAAAAGUUUCUUA